ACCACCCCUCCUAUGGGCUUACACAGAGUUAGUGCAAGAUAUUCUGCUCCCGGAGUGAGAGUGCAAGGAUAAACGGCACAUGGGCUACGCGCUGCGCAUCGGUGUCACAUUGAACAACCUUUAUAUUCAGGGUUGGCAUUUCCAAGUGGGAUUGACUGAGAUUUCUCUUUUUAACCUUGUGUAUUUGCCGGCUGAUUAUUGAUGGAGCUACAUGAACUUGAAACAUGACGGGACACCAGUGUCUCCUCUUGCGUUCACCUCUUCGGCGCCUUCACCUUAACAGGUAGCCGGGGGAAGAAAGAAAAGAAGACAGAAAAACCGCCGGUUUUCUCGGGACCUGUACGGGAGAUGAGCAUUGAUUUUUCGGACCCGUUCUAAUGGAAGACGCCACAAACCGCUGACCACCUGGCUGUGUCUGCUGGAGAGCGACGCUGAUCACCACAAUCACUGCAGGUCGCACAAUAAGAUUCUGUCCAUUCCUGAAGUUAAAUGGGGGAAACGGAACUGCGACAUAUGCAGCCUCUAAUUUUUCUUUUUUUAGUUUGUGCGACCAGCUGCUUUUACCCCAAACCUGUUCUUGAGUCUGAUUACUCCUGCGAGGCGAUUUUUUUCUCUCUUUCCUGGACCCAAAGCUUGAUUUGACUGAGAAGGAUAUCUUUCCCCGAAUAAGCUCGCAGGAACACUGGAAGAGAAGACUAUGAGCUGACACACUCCAGUUUUUCUCCUGCGCUGGAACGGAUUUGGGUUUGUCCUGGGAAGAUUCCUGCCAUCACAUGCAACGAGUCACUGCCUGUAACAACAUUGCAUAGAAAAAAAAAAACACCUUUUGAGUUGCAAAGGCUGGAAACACAUUUACGCUGUCAUGGAUCUAAAAGACUAUUACCUGUUGGGCACCCUACUUGCCUGCAUAUGGCUCGAUCCUUCAAUAGCCCAAGAGCUAAUCUACCCCAUCAGAGAGGAGUUGCAAGAAAAUGUCCUCAUUGGAAACAUACCAAAGGACUUAAACAUUUCCCAUACAAAUGCUGCCACUGGAGCAAGUGCUAAUCUUGUGUACCGACUCGUCUCUAAAGCAGGAGAUAACCCACUGGUCCGCGUUCUGAGCAGCACAGGCGAGAUAUUCACAACAUCAAACCGAAUCGACAGGGAGAAGUUGUGCCCCGGUCCCUCCUUUGAGGACAGCGAGUGCUCCUUUGAAAUUGAAGUGGUCAUCCUCCCUAAUGAUUAUUUCAGGCUGAUUAAGAUCAAAAUAAUUGUCAAAGACACAAAUGAUAAUGCCCCCAUGUUCCCAUUCCCUGUGAUCAACAUCUCUAUCCCAGAGAACACGCUCAUUAACAGCCGAUUUGCUAUUCCUUCUGCCACUGACCCGGACACUGGCCCCAACAGUGUCCACAAAUACGAGCUGAUCAACGGGCAAAGUGCCUUCGGCUUAGACAUAGUCGAAACGCCUGAGGGGGAGAAGUGGCCCCAGCUCAUUGUGCAGCAGAAUCUGGACAGAGAGCAAAAGGAUACAUAUGUGAUGAAGAUCAAAGUGGAGGAUGGUGGCAGUCCACAGAAAUCCAGCACUGCCAUUCUCCAAGUCACAGUAACGGAUGUCAAUGAUAACAGACCAGUGUUCAAAGAGAGUCAGAUAGAAGUGCAUAUACCAGAGAACUCUCCCAUUGGCACGUCUGUUGUGCAGCUUCAGGCCACAGAUGCAGACAUAGGAGCAAAUGCAGAGAUACGUUAUGUAUUUGGGACUCAGGUUUCUCCUGCUACAAAAAGACUCUUUGCAUUAAAUACAACAUCUGGCCUAAUUACAGUGCAGAGGCUCCUGGACAGAGAGGAUACUGCUAUUCAUAAGCUCUCUGUUUUAGCCAGUGAUGGCAGCUCUAGUCCUGCCAGAGCUACUGUUACCAUAAAUGUGACUGAUGUUAAUGACAAUCCACCUAAUAUAGACCUGAGAUACAUAAUCAGUCCCAUUAAUGGCACGGUUUUCCUCUCGGAGAAGGAUCCCAUCAAUACCAAGAUCGCUCUCAUCACAGUGUCAGACAAAGACACUGAUAUCAACGGCAAGGUCAUUUGUUUCAUAGAGAAGGAUGUGCCGUUCCAUCUAAAGGCCGUGUACGACAACCAGUAUCUGUUAGAGACAUCUGCGCUGCUUGACUAUGAAGGGACCAAGGAAUACAACUUUAAAAUCGUAGCUUCUGACUCUGGAAAACCAAGUUUGAAUCAGACUGCCUUGGUAAGAGUGAGGCUGGAGGAUGAGAAUGACAACCCACCUAUAUUUACCCAGCCAGUUAUUGAGCUGGCUGUCAUGGAAAAUAACAAACGUGACCUGUUCCUGACUACUCUCAGCGCCACAGAUGAGGACAGUGGGAAAAAUGCAGAGAUAGUUUAUCAGCUGGGACCAAAUGCAUCAUUCUUCGAUCUCGACCGCAAAACUGGGGUCUUGACUGCAUCCAGAGUUUUUGACCGGGAGGAUCAGGAUAGGUUUCUCUUCACUGUAACGGCAAGAGAUAACGGGACGCCCCCUCUGCAAACGCAGGCAGCCGUUAUUGUAACUGUGCUGGAUGAAAAUGAUAAUAAUCCUAAAUUCACACAUAACCACUUUCAGUUCUUUGUGUCUGAGAAUCUUCCUAAAUACAGCACAGUGGGAGUGAUAACUGUGACAGAUUCAGAUGCCGGAGAAAAUGCUGCUGUUUCUCUUUCCAUACUGAAUGAUAAUGAGAACUUUAUACUGGAUGCUUAUUCCGGGGUGAUAAAAUCUAAUGUGUCAUUUGAUAGGGAGCAACAGAGCUCCUACACGUUUGAUGUCAGGGCUGUGGACAGUGGCAGGCCUCCCUGCUCCUCAGCUGCCAAGGUGACCAUCAAUGUCAUCGACGUGAACGACAACACCCCCAUCGUCAUUUACCCCCCCUCCAACACAUCUUUCAAGCUCGUCCCACUCUCCUCUAUCCCAGGAUCUGUGGUAGCAGAGGUGUUUGCUGUAGAUGGUGAUACAGGGAUGAAUGCAGAACUCAAAUACACCAUUGUGAGUGGGAACAACAAAGGUCUGUUUAGAAUUGACCCUGUCACAGGGAAUAUUACUCUGGAGGAAAAACCAGCAGUGACUGACAUAGGCUUGCACAGAUUAGUGGUCAAUAUCAGUGACCUGGGAUAUCCCAAAUCUCUCCAUACGCUGGUGUUGGUAUUUCUGUAUGUCAAUGACACCGUGGGCAACUCAACACUAAUCUAUGAUCUCAUCCGACGCACCAUGGAGACCCCAAUUGACAGAAACAUCGGUGAAAGCAGUGAAACUUAUCAAAGUGGUGACUAUUUAACCAUAAUGAUAGCCUUUGUUACCGGCGCCUUAGUGGUGAUUAUUGUCAUCUUUGUCACUGUGCUUCUGCGCUGCCGCCACGCCUCCAGGUUCAAAGCUGCACAGAGGAAAAAACAGGGGGCCGAGUGGAUGUCACCCAACACAGAGAACAAGCAGAACAAGAAGAAAAAGCGCAAGAAAAGGAAAUCCCCAAAAAGCUCCUUGCUCAACUUUGUCACCAUUGAGGGGAACAAACCUGACGACCCUGCCCACGAGCCAAUCAACGGAACCAUCAGCCUGCCCACUGAGCUGGAGGAGCAAGGGAUUGGACGCUUUGAUUGGAAUGCCACACCUACCACAACCUUCAAACCUAGCAGCCCAGACCUGGCCCGGCACUACAAGUCCGCCUCACCGCAAUCGGCCUUCCACCUCAAGGCCGACACGCCGGUCUCAGUGAAGAAGCAUCACGUGAUUCAGGAGCUCCCACUGGAUAACACAUUUGUUGGGGGCUGUGACACCCUUUCCAAGAGGUCCUCCUCGAGCUCCGACCACUUCAGUGCCUCAGAGUGCAGCUCCCAAGGAGGUUUCAAGACGAAGGGGCCCAUGCACACCAGACAGCAGGGAACAUUAACUCGUGCCCGAACUGAACUGAACCCUGAAUAUCUGGACCUCCGUCCGCGAGCCGAGCUGAACCCUGAAUAUUGGACCCCUUGCACCCCUUUAUCGCAGCGGCGCGUCACGUUUCACCUGCCGGAUGGCUCCCAGGAGAGCUGCAGUGACAGCGGUCUGGGGGACCACGAGCCUGUAGGCAGUGGCUCCCUCCUCACACAACCUCUCCCUCUGGUGCAGGCGCAGGACGACUUCUACGAGCAGGCCUCCCCUGAUAAGAGGACUGAAGCUGACGGCAACUCCGAUCCCAACUCUGAUGGACCCCUGGGACCUCGUGGCCUAGUGGAAGCUACAGAGAUGUGCACACAGGAAUGCCUAGUCCUGGGACAUUCAGAUAACUGCUGGAUGCCCCCAACAUUGGGAACAUACCAUCAGCCCAAAUCCCCUGUGUCUAGCUUUGGGUCUCAGAGGGAGUGGGGUCCCAAGGAAAAACUUCUAAAUGGACAUAAUCUGACCAGAACCUGGAAAAAUGAGAGUGGGCGGUCAGAGCAUUUUGGUGACAGGAAGCAGUUUGGGAGUGGAGAGGGACACUUCACCAACAGUGGCAUGGCUGAUAUUCCACUGGUAAGUCUGAAGUCCUGCCAGCCAGCCUCCUGUCCAGACAGCCCCAAGGACCAGCAGCUAUAAGACGGACUUUGCUUCUGUGCUGUGAGACGUCCACCUGAGCCCCUCUCCUGUUGAUUGUUUUCUUUCUUGUUUCAUCUCUUCCCACUUACGUUGAUGCUUCUGCAGUGUGAUAGCCACAUGUACUAUGUAGGCCACAAAACUAUAGUGCUUAUGCUGUGUUCUCAACAAUACAACUUUACUAUGGCUCUAGAGGAAACCUCUUUUUUUAUGAAUCUCCAUGGAUUUCUUCAACAUAAAAUGUCCUGUUCACUUCAUGUGUGAUUUGGACAAGUGGAGGAAGGACAUGUGUAAAAUGGAGAAAAUGAAAACAAAUUACAAGAAAAAAAAAAGACUACUAUGGCUGACCAGUAUAUACAAAUGUUUGUGGUGUGGUUGUUAUUGAGUUGUUCAGGACUAUAUUAAUCAAAACAGUCAAAGAAAAUGGAAUUACAUUUCAGAAAGUGUUGUUCUAAUAACACUGUUAGUGGACACUUGUUUAUUCUGUCAUUGUCUGUGUGUUUGUAAAUAAGACUUAUUAACCACUAUCAUGUACCCGUAAUAACCACAGUGAAUAGGACAGUUCUUGGCUGUUGUCAUCAUGAUGGCUUGUCAUCAGGAUUUGGGAUUUCAACUGGACCAAGAUCUAUAAUGUGACAUAAUGUACAACAAGAAUACAUUUACCUAAUUGUUUAAAAACCCAAUGCUUGAUUUUAAAUUUCCCUAGUAUACUCAAUGUUGCCCAUAUUUCAUAAUCAUUUUAUUUAAGCACUGCAAAACCACAGGCAAACCUUUAUAAAAAAAAAAAAACAUUUUGUAUGAAGGAUGUCAUUGCUCAAUAUGUGCAUUAUAAAAAUGAAAAGCUCUGAAAGCUCUCCUCUAUAAACUGAUUUUGAAAGUGUUCAGUACAAUUAAAUAGCAAUAUAUUUGUAAAUGGCUAAAUGUUUUAUCUAACGUUGAUCUUAUUACUGUAUAGAUUUUAUUCAAAUUGUGAUUUAACUGAGUGCAAUCCCUCAGUAGUACCUGCAAUUUAUUGACAUAUGUGUAUAUAUUGUUUCCACACAGACUAUUAUUUUCCAUACGUAAGAAAACAGGUUAAGAUAAGACUUUAAUCACUGUGCCUUCAUGAUGUUUCUUCAAACACUGAAUUGUGCUUAUUUAAAUGAUGAGAACAUGUUGGCUACAAAGACUAUCCUGUCAGAUAAUCAAAUGCCUUAUGCAUUAAAUGUUUGCCAAAUUUAGAGACAUAAUCACACAGAUAUUAAAGUACAAAAUCAAGUCGUUGGUACUGAAGAAAAACACAAAGGCAUGUGCAGAUAAUGGGUCCACCGGGAAAGAUCAUCUUUCAUUCCACUGUCUGAAAAGCUUGGUUUUAUUCCACAGCAUGGAAAGCAAGUUACACAAUGCAAUAGCAUGCUAAAAGAUAUAGCUUUUAAAAAUUAACUUGAUCAUUUUUGUGUCAUUUUAUUUUGUUGGAAUAGAGUUGAUUUGUGCAUUAAGGAGACAUUCAGUUUGUAAAGCACUUUCAUAUUUAUGUCACAAUAUAAAGAAGUUAAGUGGGAUGGAGUGAUUUGCUUAUCGCGGUAUGUUUGUCAGUUUGUGAGGGUGUUUGACAUCACAGAUACUGAAACAGUUAAUCCUUGUUACUCUACAGGUAUACAGCUACUGCAAUAAAUGUUUUAAUCAUG